UUGGCAGAAACUGGAGCUGAGCUUGGUCCGCUUGGGGACGUUUGGGAUAUGUUGAUAAACCUCGAUAUUUUGAGGUUAGACGCGAUUGAAGUUUCUUGCUCUCUAGAGUAGAGGAAACGAUCUCCAGGUUGUGUAAUUGAAUUAUAUACAUUGAGUUGUAUAUUGAAUUGUUGUGUUUAGCAGUUGCGUUGCAAUUGUAUGGAAGGAUUCGAGAAUGGCUGAGAUAGAUAUUUUUGACAAUGAAGAACAAUUGCCGCAAGACCUGGGCGACGAUGUCGUCCAGGAAGUCCUCAAGACUGGCACCGAUCUGCGCGAGUAUUCCAGGCAGAUCGAGAAGGAGCUCAAGGAAGUUGAGAACAAGUCGAUCCAAGAUUAUAUUAAGGAGAGCGAGAAUAUAGCCAGCCUGCACAAUCAGAUUGCUGCUUGUGAUAAUAUCUUAGAGAAAAUGGAGUCAAUGUUGAUGAACUUCCAGUCAGUUCUAGGAAAUAUAAGUUCCGAGAUAAUUUCCUUGCAACGCAAGUCUGUUGCUAUGAGCCAACAGUUGUCCAAUAGACAAAUAAUACGAGGUCCACUUAGUCAAUUUAUUGAAGACAUGACAGUGUCUGAGGCUCUGAUUUCUGGUAUUAUGAAUUGUCCAGUGACUGAAAAGGAAUUUUUGAUUCAGCUGCAAACUCUCAAUCACAAAAUCAAUUUUGUGAAGGAACAAAGUUUUAAGGAAGCCAAGUCUUGUUUAGACGUGAAGGAUAUAUUAGAGAAGCUGAAAGUAAAGGCAAUGGCAAAGAUUAGGACAUAUUUACUAGAACAAAUUUAUAAAUUUAGGAAGCCAAUGACGAAUUAUCAAGUGCCGCAGAACAACAUGCUAAAAUACAAAUUUUUCUUCGAAUUUAUUUUGGCAAACGAGAGAAAUGUCGCUGAGGAAAUUUGUGGAGAGUACAUUGACACUAUGAGCAAAAUAUGUUACUCGUAUUUCAAGUCUUAUUCAUCAAGAUUGAUGAAAUUACAGUUUGAAGAGAGAGCGACAAAGGAUGAUUUAAUGGGAGUCGAAGACACAGCAGGUAGAGGUCUUUUUCAUAAAACAACAUUAAAGCACAAAGGUACUGUCUUUUCCAUAGAUACAAGGGGUCAGGUUUUGACUUCUCAAUUGGAAGCACCUAUAAUUGUCCCACACACUGCUUCUAAAACACGAUAUCAUUAUGAAGCUCUGUUCAGAAGUGAACAAUAUGCUUUGGUUGAUAAUGCUUGCAGAGAAUAUUUAUUCCUGAUAGAAUUUUUCAAGGUCCGUAAUGCACAGGCGUUAGAUAUUUUCAAUCAGGUUAUGGGAAAAACGUUAAGUCUUGUGAUAAAGAACUUGCAAUCAUUUGUUGAGGAUUGUUAUGAUACAAUUGCUCUAUUUCUCUGCCUACAUUUAAUGAUGCGUUAUCAAUUAAUAUGUCAUAAAAGGGCUGUACCAGCAUUGGAUAAAUACUGGGAGACUUUAACAAACACAAUUUGGCCUAGGUACUUGAACAUGUUUAAAAGUAAUUGCAAUAAUAAUUAUCUUAUUAUUUUGUAUUAUUACAAUUUGCAAAAUUAUAUCUGUUUUUUUAGAUUUGAAUUUGUGUUUCAAUUAAAUAUAAAUAGUGUAAAAGAUUGCGACCCAUCAAAGUUCAAUAAAGAGACUGGUCCACAUUAUAUUACCAGAAGAUACGCGGAGUUUAGCGCCGCAAUUGUAAGUGUAGUCGAAGGUUUUCCCUGUGAGGGGACAACUCAAUUAUUGGCAGAAUUGAGAGAAGCUGUACAAUGUUUCCUGUUAAGAAUGGCAUCUAUUUUCCCAAGCCGGACGCAGCAAUUAGUAUUUCUUAUCAAUAAUUAUGAUUUGGUCCUCAGAGUAUUAAUGGAAAGGACACGAGAAACCUCAAAGGAAGCGGAGAGCUUUCGGGAACUAUUAAACGCGCGUUCUUCCGAAUUUAUCGAAGAAGUUUUGAGUCCGCACUUCGGUAGUAUAAUCCAGUUGGUGAAGGAAGCAGAGGCUCUGAGCGAAAAGGGUCAAAUCGACGAUUUGAAACGGCAGGAGGGAAAAGUGUUGGCUCUAGUGCAAUCUUUUACGAACAAUUGGAAGCGAGCUUUAGAAGAAAUAAAUCGAGAAGUGUUGCAAUCGUUUCCCAGCCUGGUGCUUGGCAGCACACUAGUGCAAGGCGCAAUGACGCAAUUAAUACAAUAUUAUAAUCGUCUUCAUAAGAUCUUGCCAACAAAUGCGCGCACGCAACUUACGAACAUCCACCAUAUAAUGGUAGAAAUUAAGAAGUAUAAGACGAAUUAUUAAGCAACUUUCUGAAGAAAUUGAUUACCCAAAUUCCCGAAUAACGGUCAAUCAUUGGUUAUUUUCUAUAGAAGAAUCACUUCUAUUGUAUAUAGCAAUCAAUUGUUGCAGCGAUUUCAAAUUCUAGUGAUUACAAUUAUAUUAAAGAAAUAUGUAAAUUUUGUUUUAUUACUAAGUAUUGUUUAGGAAAAUUG